GGAAGCUCCGCCCACGGGCCUUUAUGCGCAUGCUCUUCCGUCUCCUGGCGAGAGGGUGGUAGGGAGCUUUCAGGUGUUGUCAUGGAGGACGCCAAGAGGCUGGGGCAGGCGGAGGAGGUCCCCGAAAACCAAAGAGUUCAGCCGGCGACAGGUCGGGGAGGUGUCGCAGGAGCCCUGGUGGAGCGCACCGCGACCCCUGGCGGCCUGGCCCUGGUGAGCCCCUACCACACCCACCGGGUCGGGGACCCCUUAGACCUCGUGGCGCUCGCAGAGCAGGUGCAGAAGGCUGAUGAAUUCAUCCGAGCAAAUGCCACCAACAAACUGACCGUCAUAGCUGAACAAAUCCAACAUUUACAAGAACAAGCCAGGAAGAUACUGGAAGACGCUCACAGAGACGCUGACUUACACCACGUAGCUUGUAAUAUAGUAAAAAAACCUGGCAACAUUUACUACCUUUAUAAACGGGACAGUGGUCAGCAGUAUUUUUCUAUUAUUUCUCCAAAGGAAUGGGGGACGGGUUGUCCACAUGACUUCCUUGGUGCCUACAAGCUACAGCAUGACUUGUCCUGGACUCCGUAUGAGGACAUUGAGAAACACGACGCCAAAAUCAACACAGUGAACAAGUUGCUAAGCCAGUCAGCAGCUCUGCCUCGAAGCACUGAACCCACCUUCCAGGGACUGACUGAGAGUGGACACUCAUAAACAGCUCUCACGGCAAGGUGCUGUCACCUCCUUGUUGCCGCUCUCCGCCUUGAUGGGAGGUAGCAUGCGAAUUAAGGUGUUGUGGGUGAAUCAUGAACUUGUUGAGUAGAGACCCUUUGUGGGGCGCCUGGGGGGCUCAGUUGGUUAAGCAUUUAAGUGUCUGCCUUUGGCUCAGGUCAUGAUCCUGGGGUCCUGGGAUCGAGCAGGGAGUCUGCUUCUCCCUCUGCCUCUCCCCCAUUUCACGUGUGCACUCAGUCGGUCUUGUGCACGUGCUCUCUCUCUCACCUCUCCUCUCUCAAAUAAAAUUAAAAAAAGAAAAGAGA